UUCCAAUAACAAUAUCUCCGACAAUGUUUUUUCAGGAACGAAAAUGCUAGACAGUCUAUCCGGAUUGCUUCGAGCUACGCAGUAAAGAUUUCAGCACACAUCAUAAUUUUGGAGAUCAUAACCUCCUUUGUUAUUGUUUUAUUAGAUCUACACAUUUAAACUUUUCUGAAUACACCGGAAGAAAGCAGUUUGUACGAUGUUGUACAGUUCAAAUUGGACUGUCUUCCUGGUGUUGAUCGGAGUAUGGAUGGGCGAGGCUCAAGAAUGUGGUCGGACACCAAUGCUCAACAGGAUAGUUGGUGGUUAUGAGGCGUCGCAAGGUGCUUGGCCUUGGCAGGUGGAUAUACAGACCGAAGCUGAUGGACAUGUUUGUGGAGGAACAAUCAUUACAGAGAAAUGGGUACUGUCUGCUGCACAUUGCUUCCCCAACCCUAAUGACAUCUCCUCGUACUUGAUUUAUGCGGGUCGGCAGCAGAUACAGGGAUGGAACCCGGACAUGACCAGCCAUAGGAUUCUUCGACUAGUGGUUCCAAUGGGUUACACAGACCCUCAACUUGGCCAGGAUAUUGCCCUUGUGGAGCUAGCAACACCUGUUGUGUGGGCAGACCGUAUUCAGCCUGUCUGCUUGCCUAAUGCCAAUGCUGAGUUCAGUGGUGAAAUGAACUGUAUGAUUACUGGAUGGGGUCACAUCAGAGAAGGAGUUGCUUUAUCAGGGGCUGGCCCUUUGCAGGAAGUGCAGGUGCCAAUCAUUGACUCAAGCAUGUGCCAGGAAAUGUUUUUAAUAAAAUCCACUCAGAACAUUGACAUUCGUUCCGACAUGAUGUGUGCUGGCUUCCAAGAAGGGGGCAAGGACUCUUGCCAGGGUGAUUCUGGUGGCCCCCUGGUGUGCCAGAUUAGUGACGGUAGCUGGGUACAAGCUGGUAUUGUGAGCUUUAGUCUUGGCUGUGCUAAAGAAAAUCGACCAGGAGUCUAUACCAAAGUGUCCAGCUUUACUUCCUACAUCCAGUACCACGUUGAGGGAGUUCAGCUCAAGAGCGCAUCGAGUCACAAUUGGAUUGACCAUGUCAAGGUGCUUGUCCGGACUGUUAUUCUGAUGGUAUUGGUACAAUUGCUUAGAUAGACAUACCUUUGUUAAAACAAACAGACUAC